GCCGCGCUCUCUCUCGCUGCUGCCGCGCUGUGAGAGCGUGCAUGGGCCAGAGAGCUCCUGCCGGCUCUCGCAGACCAUGGCGGAGGAUUCUCUGGGAGAAGCAAGACUAUGCGGACAACUACUAUGACGCCUCCUUCCUCAGCAGCCUUCAGCGAAAUGUCAAUGUUCAUGUGCACUCCUUCAGAGAGCUCCAACUCGCUACCUUGCCCCUGUCCCAGCAUCUCAGCGCCAUCAUGAUCUUCAUUUCGGUCUUUGUACACAUCUACAUGGGCAUCCUGAGCGCGGCAGAGAUGAUCUGGAUCGACAUCGCACUCGGUGCAGCGAUAUAUGCCAGCUGGUCGAUGAGCCCCAUCGCCGUCGCACGGCCUGCGAGUCAAGAGCGCAGCCUCGUCGUGUCGCUCGUCGCGUUGACACUGAUGCUCUACCUGCUUUCACCGGUCUUGAAGACGCUCACCGAAGCGACAACAUCAGAUUCGAUCUGGGCACUUACCACCGUCCUCUUUCUCAUCAGCUCAAUCCUAGGCAAUCAUGUCCUCAGACGAACCCGAAGUGCACAAGCCGAAUUCCCAGCGGCGUUGUCCUUGAACGCUGCCGUCUCUGCCGCAGUCGUGCUCGCGUCACGCUUACAGUCAAACGCGAGCGUCUUUGCACUCUUGCUCUUCAGCGUCGAAUGGUUUGCAUUCUUUCCCAUCACCCGACAGCAAUUCACCACUGCCGAUGCACCAUCUCGAGCAAUGAGCGCCAGUCUUGGGCUAGGCAUCGCGACGGUGCUCUGUCUCAGCAUGACUUCGUCAACCGUCACUGCCCUGUACCUGCUUGCUGUCUCGACAACCUCGCUUCUGUGUCCUGCCGCGCUGACCUGGCUUCAACAAUACAAGAACGAGCUCCGAGGGCCCUGGGAUAUGGCAGUCAUGCGAGGCGGGCCAAGCUCAGGCUUCCAUAUGUGAACCGAAUCAGUACUGCUACAUUGUCAUACAACUUAAUCAUCUUACAAUUCAGCAAGCAAUACAGACGUGUUUACUUCAAACAAGAUAGAGUCAAACAGCAGCUCAUACUGUCUGAUUGCGAUGAUCAAGCUUGUGAUUAGCGUAGUCGGUUCUUUGCACAGCCGGCGCAUGCUCUGCCAAGUCUGCAUCAAGAUCGGCCUGUUGCUCAGGAUCGAGUUUCGUGACCGAAUGGCGACGACGCUCGAACAUCUGUUUGUGCACUCCUUCUAGACGCUUCAGACGAACACCGGCAGCAAGAAGCGUGCCGAGCGACUCGCGAUGCUUCGUAACGCCUUCCCAGAUCUGCUCAUCAUUGAGCAUAUCCAUGUUGUCGUCCUCGCCGGGCAAGAUAAUAUUAAGCUCUUGUUCGGCCAUGGGGUGAUCCAUCUCACUAUCCUCCUGUAGCAUUCUCAGAUCUCUGAUCUGUAUAUUACGAUCGGCUCUUAGUAGUGUG